AUGGGCUAUCCAGGGUUUGGUUAUCAAGAUAAAGAAGCAGAAAUCAUAAUCUCAGAUUCAGAUAUAAAUAAAACCAUAAUUUCUAACCAAGAUUUAAAUGAAUUUUAUGCAAAUAUUCCAUAUAAAUUUUAUAUAAAUGAUGAAAAUUAUGAAUUAGAUUCAGAUUUCUUGAAUUUCAUAUAUAAUUUAAUCUUGAAUAAUGAUUUCGAUUCUUUUAUGAAUAAAAAUUUUAUAUCAAGUACUGAAUUAGCUUCCAUAUUGAAUAAUUUGAAUAAAAGAUUGAAGAAUAAUGGGAAAGUUCCAAUAUUGAGUAAUAAUUUACCCAUAAAAGAAGUUGAUGAAGAUACAUAUACAGAUACUGAUAGUGAUUCAGAUACAGAUAGUGACGUUGAUUCAGAUGAUGAUUCUAAAAUCAUUGAUAUUCAAGGAUUAAUAUGGGAUAAUAUUGAACAACGUGAAAAUUUGUUAAAAAUAAGAGAAUUAAAACAUAAAUCAUUUACAAAUAUAACAGAUUCUAAACAAGAUGCUCAAAAGGAUAUCAACACGAUAUUGAAAAAUAUAAAUUAUGGUUGGAAAUUUGGUGUUUAUUUCAAAAUCCCCAAGCCUAAACUUUCACAUUUCCAAUUAAGAAAUAAUUUAAUUUGUUUAAAUUCUAUUAAGGAAGUUUUCUAUAAUGAAUUAUCAAAUGAAAAACCACCAAAUCAUGACUAUUAUGAUUUAUCAUUACCUACAUUACAUUCAGUGAUCAAAAAAAUCAAUACAUACACAGGUGAUAUUGAAACUGUCUUAAGUCUUGAUGAUGAUCCUAUAGAAAGAAUCUCCACUAUAGAAUGUACAGAUAAUGGGCUUUUAAUAGCUGGUACAUUAACAGGUUCAUAUCAUGUUAAGAAUUUAAAAACUGGUGAUACAACAAAGAAAAUCUUGACAACAAAUUCAAAUGGGAUUAUAAAUUUUGCCAAAUCAGUAGAGGAUUCUAUAUUGUUUUCAACAAAUGAUAUGAGAUUAAUCACAACUGAUUUACAAAAUUUUAAAGUUAGAAGUAUGGUUGAUUUUCCCUGGGCUAUAAAUUCAGUUUCUUUCAACCCACUAGAUCCAAAUAUUAAAUUAAUUGUUGGUGAUAAUAUAAACUCAUUUAUUUUGGAUGAUCGUGUCUCUGCAAAUAAACCUGUUAAUAUCAUAAAAGGUCAUAAAGAUUUUUCAUUCGCUUGUGAUUGGUCACAUAAUGGAACUUCAAUAGCUACAGGGAAUCAAGAUUCCACAGUCAGGGUAUAUGAUAUUAGAAAUUUAAAAGAAAAUCAAUAUUGUAUGAAGGGAGAAAUUGAAAGUUCAGUAAGAAAUGUUAAAUUUAAUAAUAAUGAUUCUAUGUUGGCAUUUUCCGAGGGGAUAGAUUAUGUUAAUCUUGUUGAUUUAAAUAGUAUUGAUUCUGGACAAGGUUCUAAACAAGUUAUUUCAAUGUUUGGUAAGAUUGUUGGAUUAGAUUUUUCAAAUUAUGAUGAUGGAACUGGUGAAAUGUUAACUGUGGGGAUUAAUGAUGAAUCUAUUGGUGGGAUUUUACAAUAUUUGUUGGAAAGUGAAGAGACAUAUGUUGAUUAUGAUUGGUUUUAA